AUGAUGCCUGGCGCCGACUCUCUGCAGAUGGCGAUGUUUUCGCCACUGCCUAGACCAGCACUGUCAAGAAUUCCGCUACCAGUAAGACUGUAG